AAGAGUUUGCUCCGGAAUCAACGUAAAUUAUUUACUGUGUGGCAAAGCGUUCGACAGUGCUUCGUAUUUAGUCGAACAGCAGACACAUAAACCAUACAUCAAAAUCAUAUGGUAGAGUAUCUGAUGCGUGUCGAAGACGGUGACAUUGGAAACCGGUAUCACAAACUCAGACGUACGACAACUAUUCGCAAGCAAGUGAGCUCACAGACAUCAUAACCACUGUCAAACUAACCAAAUAAACAAACAAUUCGAUGUGAUUGUGUUCAACAUCGGUGUAUGGUGCAGAAAAAAUUCUUGAAUUCUUUCAGUUUCGAUUUGAUUGCAAAUUUUGGUUCAGUGUGCCGCAUUUAAGUUGAAAGUGAAAUCAAUUCGUGAAUAAUUUCAUAGAAAUAAAAUAGUGGAGCGAAAAAACCAUGAACUUAACUCACUAAUCGCCUUGAUGCCUUAUCAAAUAAUAGUAACAACAAGUCAAAGUGUAAAUUGUAUUUGCUUGUGUGGCCUGAAUAAACAUCGACCGUUUGGGAAAACCCGCAUUUUUCGCAAACAUACGUUGUGUUGUGAUAAUAUUUUCACUGAAACUAUCGACGCAAGGGACUUGUUUUCAUAAAUAUAUUUCAAGGAAUCAAAAUUCAAGAAAUCAAUGGAAUUUUUUUUUGUGUCUUAUGUGUCGUUGUCAAAGUGGUUCUUCAAAGUAAAGUGAACAAGAAAUUAGUUAAAUAAAUAUUAGACGCUUAGCUGUGACUCACUGUGUUCAAAAUCGGACAGUUUUUGUUUGCCAUUGAUAAAUCGUGAUUGGCAACGUAUCGAAGCAGACGCACAAGAAAUGGAUUUUGCAUUUAUUAUUGCAUUGGCGAUUGAUUUCAUAUUCAUCAUUGGAUAUGGUCAGGCACAAAGAUUUGAGGGGAGUUCGUGUACUUUGUCCGAUGGCAGCAGAGGUACCUGUAAAAAUGUCGCACACUGCGAAUCCAUAAUAGAAGGUUUACAAUCGGGUUCAUUAAGAUACGAUAAUAUUGUUGGAUGCUCAUUUGUGGGAACCGUUCAAAUUGCUUGUUGUGCUGACGAAAGACCAUUUCCAGGUCGAACACGACCGACACGACCAACGCCACCAAAUACCGAUUUUGUCUUUACUGGACCACGAAAAACCACAACAACACCAACACCGAUAAAACCAACAUUGCUACCAUGGAUGGAAGAUGUUUUGAGUGAUUCAAGAACACCUAGUCCGACGAUAGUCUAUACGACAACGUCAAAAUCGAUAGCAGUGAAUACUCCAAGAACGACGACGUUAAAUUCAUUUUGGAAUGAAUGGUCCGUAACAAAUCCCACGAUGGUUGAUGACUUUUCAAAUGGUUCAAAUCAAGGACGAGAUAUAUAUCGACAAACAACAACAACUGAUAUGCCCGAUUGGUUGAAAGAUGUGUUGAGUGAUCAUUCAACGAACUCAAACGUAAUGAACAAUGGAAAUAAUCGUCCAAUUAAAACAACGACCGUACAAACACCAGAUAAUAUGCCGUCAUGGAUGCGUGAGGUUUUAAAUGAACAUUCAACUGCAACAACGACAAAGAAGUCGAUAAUUGGUGGUGGUGGUGGUAGUAGUAGUGGUAGUAAUAGUUAUGAUGAUUUAUAUGUAUCGCAAAACAGACCGACAUCGCCGUCGAAUCGGGUUACACAAAGACCGACGUCAUCAUCUGGAUCCAAUACAAAUUCGAGAUAUAGUCCGGGCACCAAAGCUGAAUCGGCAUGCGAAAGAUAUUCAGCGCUACCAGUUGCCAUAUCGUGGAAUAUUUUGGGCGGCAUACCAACUUAUAGAGGCGAGUUUCCGUGGAUGGCUGCGCUGGGAUACAGAAGCAAGAGUGACAUCAAUUUUGAUUGCGGCGGAUCACUCAUUUCUGACAACUUUGUAUUGACUGCAGCACAUUGUGCGCCACCGAGACGACAACCGCAGCUGGUUCGACUUGGUAAAGUGACUCUUUUCACAAAUGACGAUGAUGGUCAGCCUUUCGACGUCGACAUUCAGGAAAUUAUUCGUCAUCCAGACUAUAAAUCAUCGACAAAGAAAAAUGACAUCGCGUUGGUUAGGCUUGCGCAACGUAUUCAAUUCACUGAAAAUAUUCGACCAGCAUGCCUACGAACGGAUUUGACUGACAUUCGACCUGAAAUUGAGAUGUUAGUUACUGGAUGGGGAACCACCAGUUCUGAACGAACAGUACGACCAUCGAUAUUACUUAAGACAAAUGUUACAUCGAUGCCAUUACAAUUGUGUAAUACAACGCUCCUGAACUACAAUCGUGAUGCAAAUCAACCGAGCUUGCGCGAGGGCUUAAGUCAGAGUCAAUGCUGUGCAUUUGAUCCAAUGGCCCGAAACGAUGCCUGCCAGGGCGACAGUGGUGGACCACUUCAAAUAUUUCCACACUCAUCGAAUAUUGCAUCGGUCGUUGGCGUUGUUUCAUUUGGAAUCAGUUGUGGAACAACGCUCCCUGGCGUUUACACAAGAGUCGCCUAUUAUUUACAAUGGAUCGAAUCAAUCGUUUGGCCAAACCAAUGACGAUACAUUGAACCUGCCUUAGCAUUAAUUAUUAAACGAUAAAUAAAUGAAAUGUUUGAAAAUAUGUAAAAUUAUUCCGAAAAUAAAGUCCAUUUUGUACAAAA